AUGAUGGAACCGGAGGAAGUAUACAGACUAUCUCUAUGCUCUCAUCGAAUGUAUUCGAUUUUAACAUCGUCCAAACUCGAAAUCGAUGCAUUCCAUGUGCGUUUUAGUAGCCGAUAUAUUCGAGUUUGCAUCACGAAAUCCGGGAAGAAUUCUCUGAUUUAUUUCACUUAUUAUAAAGAAUUUAUGGAUAUUUCUCAGGUGAUCUUCAGAUUUCUUAACUUAAGAGCAAUGUUUUUCUUCAAUCUAUCAUUCUUACCAAACGACGUUUUUGAAAUCUACAACAGAAUCAUUUCCCUCUACUCAUGCCCUCAUAUCAGAUGGGUCUUUGAUCUAGACCAGUUGUGGCUUGAAGAUCUUCAUGAGUAUUUGGAUAUUGCUCUGGCUGGAAAAUGUCAUAGGCUAUCAUUUUAUAAUGGAACUAUAAGUAGAGAGCUGCUGACAGAACUAAUGGAUAAAACUCCCGUGACAACAAAGUUGGAGAUUACCUCAAAUAUGCCAGUGGAGUUUCAACAUCCCAAUGCGUUCAAAUACAAGACAAUUGAUUAUAGCGAAGCACGUUGGGCAACUCUGGACGACUUAAAAUCCGUAAGAAAUGAAUGGAUUGUAGAUCUGAAAUCCACUAACUUUGACUGUCAUGACAUCAAUGAGUUUCUUAAAUAUUGGGUGAACUGUGAUGAGGCAAUGUUGACAAGACUGACAUUACAACUGAAGGAAGAUACAGUAAUUGAUGAUAUUGUACUUCUUGACAAGCUCACUGUCUUACUGUAUUAUUACAAAGACCUGCCGCACUUUGUUAUAAAAGUGAAAAAGAUAACAAAUGAGAAACUGGUCGUCGGUCAUUUCGAACCAAAAGAAGACAACAGAAUCAACUUCAGUGUAUGGUCUGCCAAUGAGUUCCCCGGUGUGUUUGAUCUACUUGAGAUGCUCGAGAAGAUUAAAGAAUUGGAGAAUGAGUUGUUGAGAAUGGAGGAAUCAGAGGAGGUGAUAGAUUGGAGGGAACAGAACAAACGGCGACGAGAGAUUCCAUUAGAAGUGGAGAAGUUGAGGAGACUGAUGGAGGAGAAAGAUGAUUUCGGGUUUAUUUAUGUUUCUUAG